CAGCCCUCAUUUGUCGCACCAAUGGCUUCUAUUUUUAGGCGACCGGUGGACCUUUUCUUCGUGUCGAUAUUUGCAUCUUUUGCCGUGAUCGCCGUCACUAUAGACUUCGUACAAUCGACCUACGGGGCGGUACUGGAAAAGGAGGCGCUCGAGUAUGGCUCUUGGCCUCCAGCCGCAGUUGUAGACGCGUAUGUCUGGUGGUGUCGGAACUACGACUCUUUACUCGGACAUAAUCCCGUCUGGUUUGAGACGCUGGCGUGGGUGAGCCCCUUCGUCUACACGCCGUUCUACUUUUUUGCAAUCUAUGCCUUCAUCUACAAAAAGGAAUGGAUCAGGAUUCCAGCUCUAAUGUGGUCUUGGGGCAUGUUCCUGAUUCUGCUGGCCUGCAUUAGAGAACAGAUUGCUGGGCCAUACAAGACAAGCAACAUCCCCGUCGUCCUAGGAGCUUACGGAGGCUACAUUGUCAUUCCAGUUCUCCUCAUGCUCAGAAUGGCAUCCACGCCAGUGUUCUCCCCUGCUGCUGAUGGCAAAGAAAAAUCGUCGUAGUUAUUGCGCAUGCUCUGACCCAUUAUUCUAAAUAAGCGAACUGUCUGCAACGUCGGUCACACUUGAUCUUAGUUGAGUCGCGCGAAGGAGUGCUUUCUCGCGCUCUGUAGCGCGGCGUUGAUAUGAAACGAUAUCUGAGCCUAAUCCGUCUGGACACCGUCCGGGAGGGCAGUGAUGUGUUCUUCAGUUCAUUUAGCCGUUUAGGCAAGAGGCACCUAGCGAGGGCAUGUUCGCUAAGCACACACGUACCCGGCCCGCCCACGCGCAAUUCCGUAGUGCGCAUGCGCGGUGUUGCAUAAAAGCUGCGACUAUUUUUUUCGUGCUACAUUUUCAAGAUGGUCAGCCUCAGGGAGAUUGGUGUGGAUGCAGCCAUUGCGUUCGUUCUAUUGAUGGUAUUCAGUGGUAACGCGCGCGGCAGCUAUUGCUGGGACCACCAACAGGAGACGUACAAUGCUACGUUCGAGCCCAAGACCUGCAGUAGCGGGUCGUCUUGCACCGUCACUCCGUUCUUCUCGCCCGGCACGUCGCUGCAGGCGUACGUGCAACUCAUCGAUUCCGCGCAGGAGAGCAUUGACAUUUACACACCAAGUAUGAAAAGCUGGGACGAAGCUUGCACUAAAGAUACGGACUGCCCGAAGAAAGGAUCCUGCACUGGAUGCUCCAUCGACCAGAUGAAAAACGAGACCUUCACCGUAUUUCCCGCACUGUUGAACGCCGUUCACGAGCGCGGCGUAAAAAUCCGCAUCAUCAUCAACAACUUCACGUUCUCCGCCUGCAAAGAUCGCGUCAUACCACUAGACUGGCUAGCCCUGAACAAGAUACAAAUUCGGAUGUACGCCACGACCACUUUCCAACACAGCAAAUUUAUGUCGAUCGACAGAGGCAAGAAGACUGCCGUUUCUUCCGUAAACUGGAGCCACACGUCCUUUAUGAAGAACAGAGAAGCAGGGGUGAUCGUGGAAGACUGCACAUGCUCAGCGUUGUCUCUCUACCUAUCAGUCUUUGACUACGAUUGGGAAACAGCGAUAGAGUACGCUAUCACCAGAACUUAUGAAGAGUCAGAGAUUCGGAUCAUCACUGACACAGCUCCCAUGCCUUACCCCAUACUCCCUAAUAACUCCAUCCCUGGAGUAUUUAUGACCGAGUUGAUUCCACACACUGAUGUGAAGGUCAAGAAGGUGUACACUUCGCCAGACAAUGCCAGGAGCACAUUGCUGGAAUACCUGGACAACGCUAAAAAAUCACUGAAUCUUGCUAUAUACCAAGUGACAGAUGACGAACUAUGUCGUAAACUACUCGAGCUCCACAAAGGAGGAGUCAACGUGACUGUACUCGUGUCAAACAUUGUCAUUCCUCCGUUCAAUAGUCGCAAGGCAUACGUAAGUGUCAUUAUAAAGCUACCUCUUGUUUAGGGUCACAUAGCAUUAAUUGCAGGAAUGUUACAAUAAUCUGACGAAUGAAGGGAUGAAAGGCCAUAUACAGCGAUCUUACUCGAAAUUUCGGUUCAGCCACGAAAAGUACUGGAUCAUUGACGGGACUAUAGUUCAUCUCAGCACUGGUAACUGGAGCCCUGGAGACUUCCCAACUGGAAACUCUUGGGAACCGCACCGCAAGUCGGGCCACAGUGUCAACAGAGAUCUGGAGAUAGUCCUGGAGCACCCUGACCUCGUGGACUACUUCUUCCAGGUCUACAAUGCAGACUGGGCCAUGGGUACUGAAUGGCAACCCAAACACUAAAGUCACGACUUUUUAUUGUACUCAACGAUUGUCAGACAGAUUAUAAUACUCAAAUACAUUUCUAAUGCAUGAAUCAGUGAUAAAUGAUACUUUUAAUGAGUUUCAGUUUUGAGUAUUGGUCUUUGAGGGGAGCGUAUAUAUGUAUAAGACAGUGGCAGAUAAAAGUCAGUGAAGAUGUCAGCGUAAGUACUGCUCGAAGUCCUCAGGCUGCACCCCAGGUUUGAAAAUCCUCAGACCACAAUCCGGACUCUGC